AUGAAUAACAACUACGCACGAGGAGGUGGGGGAAGGUAUCCGCCGGGAAUUGGGCGUGGUGGUGGUGGUGGGAAUUAUCAUGGAAACCCUAAUCCUAAUUUCCAACAACAGUAUGCUCAAAGGAAUCCAGCGCACCACCAGCAGUUUCAACAGCAGCAGCAGCAGCAACAACAACAAUGGCUGAGAAGAAACCCUGUGGGAAACGAUUCGAGUGUGGUUGACGAAGUGGAAAAGACUAUACAGUCCGAAGCUGCUGACCCUAGUGGUCAAGAUUGGAAGGCACAAUUGAGGCUUCCACCAGCUGACACUCGAUAUAGAACAGAAGAUGUGACAGCGACCAAAGGAAAUGAAUUUGAAGAUUACUUUCUCAAGCGUGAGUUGCUUAUGGGGAUAUAUGAGAAGGGUUUUGAAAGGCCAUCUCCAAUUCAAGAAGAAAGCAUCCCGAUUGCCCUCACAGGAAGUGAUAUUCUUGCAAGAGCUAAAAAUGGAACAGGGAAAACUGCUGCCUUCUGCAUUCCUGCUUUAGAAAAAAUUGAUCAAGAUAGCAAUGUUAUUCAAGUGGUUAUACUUGUUCCAACUAGAGAAUUGGCUCUUCAGACAUCUCAAGUCUGCAAAGAACUUGGAAAACACCUAAACAUUCAGGUCAUGGUUACUACUGGUGGAACCAGCUUAAAAGAUGACAUCAUGCGAUUGUAUCAGCCUGUUCAUUUACUUGUUGGUACUCCUGGAAGAAUAUUAGAUCUUUCAAAGAAGGGAAUCUGCGUGUUGAAAGAUUGUGCAAUGCUUGUCAUGGAUGAGGCUGAUAAGCUUCUGUCACCCGAGUUCCAGCCUUCAGUAGAGCAACUAAUCCACUUCAUGCCUACAAAUCGUCAAAUUUUAAUGUUUUCAGCAACUUUUCCUGUGACAGUGAAGGAUUUCAAAGAUAGAUAUCUUCCAAAAUCUUAUGUUAUUAACCUCAUGGAUGAACUUACCCUCAAGGGAAUAACACAGUUCUAUGCUUUUGUUGAAGAAAGGCAGAAAGUUCAUUGCCUCAAUACUCUUUUCUCAAAGCUUCAAAUCAACCAAUCAAUAAUUUUCUGCAACUCGGUAAAUCGGGUUGAAUUACUGGCGAAGAAAAUUACUGAGCUUGGUUACUCUUGUUUCUACAUUCAUGCAAAGAUGCUUCAAGAUCAUCGUAAUCGAGUUUUUCAUGAUUUUCGUAAUGGUGCUUGCAGGAAUCUUGUCUGUACUGAUUUAUUCACGAGGGGCAUUGAUAUACAAGCAGUAAACGUUGUUAUCAAUUUUGACUUCCCGAAAAACUCAGAAACAUAUCUCCACAGGGUUGGUCGAUCAGGAAGGUUUGGACACCUUGGGUUAGCUGUAAACCUAAUCACAUAUGAAGAUCGCUUUAAUCUGUAUAGGAUUGAACAAGAACUUGGAACUGAGAUAAAACAGAUCCCUCCAUUCAUUGAUCAAGCUAUUUAUUGUGUCAGCUGUCUCUCUGUCUGUUUAAGGAAAGGACCCAAAGGAGUUUGGUAUGUUGUUAGUCAAGUCAACCCAAGAGAAGACUAG